UCUGGUAUCAUUCUUAGCCUAGUAUUUGGAUAGUAAACUACUAAAAAUUCUUAAAAACAGACUUUCAAUAAAAAGAUCGCUAAUAUGAUAACCGUAAAUGAAAUGUCAAAGACUUAUCAAUACCGUAAAGUGAUCAAACCUCAACUGGAACGAAAACGUCGCGCUCGCAUCAACAAAUGUCUGGAUGAUUUAAAAGAAUUGCUGGUUGAAUGUAUGCAGCAAAACGGCCAGUCAAAUGUUAAACUUGAAAAGGCCGACAUUUUAGAAGUAACGGUGCAGCACUUACGUAAAUUGAAAUCUCAUCCUAAACAACAAAUCUCUUGCAACAAUCACAUCGUUAAUAAGCAAAGUUUUCGUAAUGGUUACAUACAGGCGGCUAAUGAGGUUUCACACUGCUUAGCAUCGCUGCCCAAGAUUGAUGUCGCAUUCGGCACAAAACUCAUGACUCACUUAGGAUUACGCUUAAAUCAGCUAGAGUCGGUCGAAGAAAUAACACCCACUUCUAUUAAUACUCCUUUGACACUGGAUUGCUCGACAACGCAGUUUUCAAGGCCGAUAUUAUACAGUCCCGUUUCGAGUGGUUAUGCUAGUGAUAAUGAUAGUCUACGCUCUUCACCAUCAUUCUGCCCUUCAGCGCAAGGCCUAUUAAAGGUGUCAUCUACUUCCUUGUGGAGACCAUGGUAACUCUCCCUCAUUAAAGUACAUUUUACCUUAACUAAUAAGAUCUGUUAAAUAAUUCAUAAGUUUACCAUACGAGUAGAAGCUUUAUUUAACUAAACUGUGAUAGGCUACCAUUUUAAUUAAGUAAAAUUUUUGUUUUCGCUCAUAAGAAAUU